GACUACUAUGGGCGGACCAGUCUGGAAGGAAGAAUCCAGUGCAGAGAUUUUAAUGCUCUGAGAACAGGGCAUACCAACUCUUCAAUCGUCUCAUACAACUCUAUUUCCUACCAUUAAAUACAUCAACUUCACAGAGAGCAGAUCAGGGGAUCUAUUUGCAAGCAGUUUGAGGACAACCUACUGAAUUAUUGAAAAAGCCCAAUAAGGUUAUCUCUGAUCUGCAUUACACCAUGUGGAUGACAAGCCUGGUAGCCCUGGUGCUCCUGGCAACUUCAGCUUCAGCUGCUACCUCAGCUUCACCAGACAAAGUCCUGAGUAACCAUGCCACCAUCCUGGCUGACAACAGCGCAAAGUUGGCUUUCAGUCUCUACCAAAACAUGGCUAAGGAAAAAAAUCUAGAAAACAUCCUAAUUUCCCCUGUAGUAGUGGCCUCCUCUCUGGGUCUGGUUGCUCUUGGGGGCAAAGCCUCGACUGCCUCUCAGGUAAAAAAAAUUCUGAAUGCAGCUAAAGUUAAAGAUGAGCAGCUGCACUCUGGUCUGGCUGAGCUCCUGUCUGAGGUGAGCAACCAAAAGACCCGCAAUGUCACCUGGAAAAUUAGCAACCGCCUGUAUGGACCCAGCUCUGUCACCUUUGUGGAGGAUUUUGUCAAGAGCAGCAAAAAGCACUAUAACUGUGACCACUCCAAGAUAAACUUCAGAGAUAAGAAGAGUGCUGUGAAGUCCAUCAACGAGUGGGUGGCCAAUACUACUGAUGGCAAACUGCUGGAGGUCACCAAGGACGUAGACAAGACUGAUGGGGCGAUGAUCAUCAAUGCUAUGUUUUUUAAACCACAUUGGGACGAGCAGUUCCAUCAUAAGAUGGUGGACAACCGUGGAUUUAUGGUAUCCCGUGGCUACACUGUUUCAGUACAGAUGAUGCACCGCACAGGUCUCUAUGGCUUCUAUGAGGACAAAACCAAUAAGUUAACUAUCCUGAGCAUGCCUCUGGCUCAUAAGAAGUCAACUGUGGUGAUCAUCAUGCCCCAGCAAGUGGAACUUCUGGAGAGACUGGAGAAGAUGCUGACCAAGACGCAGCUGGAUAAGUGGAUGGGCAAGCUGCAGCAGACACCAGUAGCUGUGUCUCUGCCCAAAGUCAGCAUGGAAGUCAGUCACAACCUGCAGAAACACCUUGGGGAGUUGGGCCUGACAGACGCUAUCAACAAAUCCAAAGCUGACUUAUCCAACAUCUCUGGGAAGAAGGAUCUCUACCUGUCCGGUGUGUUGCACGCCUCUGCCAUGGAAUGGGACACUGAUGGAAACAAAAUUGACAUGAGCAUCUUUAGUACAGACCAGCUGAAAAACCCUAAACUGUUCUACGCUGACCACCCUUUCAUCUUCCUAGUGAAGGACCAGAAAACAAAGUGCAUCCUGUUCCUUGGCAGGAUGGUCAGGCCAAAGGGUGAUAAGAUGAGAGAUGAAUUGUAACCAUAUUGAGUUAGAAGCCUGACUGUGUGUGUGAGUGUAUAUUUUCUACUACAAUAUGCUGAGAGAAAUGGGAAAUGAAAUGCAUGUUUUACAUCACACUAGUGCAUUCCUUUAGAGGCCAACAGCAUUCCACAACACAUGGCUGAAGAGAUGUGUUUAAACAUUUGAUCCUGUAUUUUAGUGAGCAAAACAUUGUACGCACCUUUUUUAACUUGAUGAAUAUUUGAUAUCAUCAUAUGGCUUUUUUGUUUGCGUUGGCAGAUCAUAUUACAGAUUGAAGACUUACAUUAAGUUUGAUUGCCCUGAUUAAUGCCUGAGAUAUAAAUGCAUCGUUAUGUUUCAGCACAAAUAUGUGUUAACUAUCUUUCUAAAAUGUGUACAACAAUUUUACUUUUGUAGAGAUCUUAUGGUGCUUGUUGUUUAAUUUAGUUUGUAAAGCAUGGCUGCUUUUAAUUGAUCAACUCAAAGGAUCUUCUUUGUACUGCUUUCCACCACAAGCAGUUCAAUAUACUGUAUGUCUAAUGUAAUGCUGUUAUUAUGUUAUUCAUCCUCCCUGAAUGCACUGAUCUACACUGGCAAACAAACCACAUUUUGGCUGAUUUAAUAAGAAUUACCUAUAAAACAUGUGUGCACACGAGUUGACAAUUUCAAAUAUGAAUUGUUUUAGACUGUUACAAAUGUCAAGUUUUUGCAAUAAAAGUAUUAGAACACAA